UGAGAGGAGAUGCUCUGUAUUAGUGUUUGCGGCUGACUGGUUGAUAUCUUAACAGAGGCGAAGAUGCUUUUGCUUUAUCGGCGUGACUCACCCCAUUGGCCAAAGAACUUAUACCAACAUUCCCUUCAUUUUACCUAAAUCACAACUUCAACCUUUCACCAACCUUGAUUUCUAUCACCAACCGCAAUCAUGUCACCCAUAACAAUCCGCCCAGCAACGCCCGAAGACAUCCCCCAAAUGCUUGCCGUCUUCUUCUCCGCAUUCUCUUCCUCGCCUCUAAACAAGCGUUGCUUCUCCCCAUCAUCUCCUGAUGUCCAAGCUUUCCAAACCUCAUUUCUCCAAACCAACGUCGACGACAAGGAUGACAAUUUCAUGCUCGUCGCAGAGGACGAUUCUAAAAUCCUCGGCUGGGCGCGCUGGGUUCGCAGAGAAAACCCACCAUUGUCGGGGAAGCAGAUCGACCCUUCUACGUUUCCUGCUUCAGGAGACCAAGCGACCGCGGCGGAUUUCUUUCAGAGGAAUGCUGAUGCGACUUUAAAACACGUCGCUGGUGAGAGGCAUUGGUUCCUAAGCACGAUCGCCACUGCAAAAGAAGCACAGCGACGGGGCGUAGGAUCUGCGCUAAUGAGAUUUGGUGUUGAGAAAGCCGAUCGAGAAGGUUGGAUGUCUUAUUUGAAUAGCUCUAGCGAAGGAAGGGGCCUGUAUGAGAAGUUUGGGUUCAGGGUCGUUGGAACAAGUGAGUUCCCUGAUCUGGGCAUGACGCAGUAUCAUAUGAAGAGAGAGGCAGUUCGGAAUUGA